UUAAGGAGAGAUGGAGAAGUCUUGUGAGUGUCCAACAAGAACUCCCAAAGACGUUUCACUUCAAGAGCUCAGAGACAGGCUUGCUGAGUUUGCUGAAGUCAGAGGAUGGGAACAAUACCACAGUCCAAGGAAUCUCCUUCUAGCACUUGUUGGAGAAGUUGGAGAACUCUCUGAGAUCUUCCAAUGGAAAGGUGAAGUUGCAAAAGGACUUCCUAAUUGGACUUCUGAUGACAAGGAACACCUAGAAGAGGAGCUCUCGGAUGUUCUCCUUUAUCUUAUUCGUUUGGCUGAUGUUUGUGGCCUUGACCUUGGCCAAGCAGCACUUACCAAAAUAGUUAAGAAUGCAAGGAAAUACCCAAUUUCCACCACCAAUCAAAGAGCAACUUCCAACUACAAUUAGAGCUUUUCAAAUAUCUUAAUUCUCUAUGUAGUUCUAUAUGUUUGUGUGUGUGUUUUUUUUUUUCCUUUUCUUUUUUCCUUCUUUUCGUGUGUGUUUUCUUUUUUUUUUUUUUUUUUUUGGUUCUUGUCUACCAAUCUAGUUUGUGGGAGGGGAAAGAAUAAUUGUGCUUGCUGUUUUAUCCUUGUGUUUUUUGCAGCAUGUUAAGAGUAAAGUGACUGAAAGAGACAUGUCUCUUAUCUCUUUUUGAUAUCUAAAAAGCUUAUUGGAACUAGCCCAAGAUAGCUAGAGAUGGUGGAUGUUUUGUUUUGUUGUAACCCCACA